AGUUUAUGGUGGGUUUCAUGAUAACGUAAAAAAGCAAAAAUAUAUAUUUUGGCUUUCUUGUGGUUAAAAUAGCAUUGUUUACGAAUACUUUACUUUAAUUAGAAGUGACAUAUAAAUAACUUAAUUAUUUUCUGUUUUCCAUAUAUUUGAUGAUUGCCGAUUUGUUUUGAGUUGGCUCUGAUACAGUGUGAUUUGUUCACGUGUAAAGCGGCGGCGGUGGUGCCGGCCAUCUUGAUUUCAUUCACCUCACCAUGUCAUUCGCUUCAAACCAAACUUAACUCACGAUUUUGAUUGUGCGAAACAUAGGUACGUUGGAAAUAAGUGGAGCAACAGUGGAUGCCUUGUUAAUUCAUUGGCAUGCUUAAAUGCGAAAUACCUAUUUACGUGAAAACCGACAUCCUUAGAUUUCGUUAUCGAUUCUACAAUCACCACAAUGGAACAAGAUGUCAAGGUAUUUUCCUCGCAAAUAACUAGAGGAAUUUGUGGUGAAAGAAAUAAUCUUUAUGAACUUUUGAAUAUCGAACCAGCAAAACCUGUGAAGUUGAAUGAAGUUCCAAAAUCUUGUGCAUUCCAAUCUAAAAGUGACAAAUAUUAUGAGUAUAAGAAGAAAAGCAAAUUAAAAGUAAAGACUGUGAAGUACAUAAGAAAUUUAUUUGAAAAAGAUAUAGAUGAAUACUUACCUCAAACCUUAGAAAAACAACAAAAUGCAUUGUUGAAAAGAAUAAGGAAUGGAUGUUCCAAAGAUGAGGACACCAAACAGUUUGCUAUAAAUAUCCUUAAGUCGGAUAAUCCCAUUUUAAGAACUUCUUGGCAAAUGCUAACUAAUAUUAAUCCGGAAAAUCACAUUCAUUUUACACAGUAUGUUCUUUGGAACGGUAAUAAUAUCAGAGUAUGUGGAAGCAGAGGUGGAUCCAAUAAAUUUAUAUUUAAAUUUAUAAGGCAUAUUAACAAAGAACAAAUGAAAAAUAAAAAAAACUCAAGAAAAGCUAUUGUACAUAAAAAGAAGAGUCUUUUACAACAUUCACUUUCUCUUAAAAUUAAACCUGGCCCCUUAAGACAGAAGAAGUAUAUUGAUGACUCAUAUCAAAAACAUCACGUUGGAAAUUUAAAUCUAGUUAAUUUGCCAAAACCUGGUUUGGAUGUGAUGCCUGUUUACGGGUCUCCCAUGGAACUUACAAUAAGGAAUUUUCUUCACAGUUUACGUGACGUUGACGGAAUGAUAUCGAAUAAAUGGGCUGAAUUCGCAGUAUCUACAGUGGGCACAUUAAAUCAAUCAAAUGUUAUUCAAUUCGAACCUAAUACAUGUACCACAUUCGACCUUAAUUAUAAAUACGACCAAAAAAAGAUGCUUAUGCGACGUGAUAUUGAGACAUUUAUUGAAAAGACAAAUGAUAGCAUUAAAACCUGUCCGGUAUAUAUAGAAAAUAAUGUUUUAGAAGAAGUCGGGAAAGUAGUACGCCAAAUUAUUGAUUCGGUUGAAAUCAGUUUAAAUCAAGACAGAAUGUUUAAUGGAGAAGAUGAUUGUAGAAACAUGAAUGACGAAACUGGUCUCAAUAUAAACAGUAACAAUAGCAAUGCUAAAGACAAGAACAAAAAGAAAUUUGGUGAACUAGAUCGACUGGAUGUGACUGUCAUAAGAUUACCUGAAAAUACAGAUAAUACGGAAAACAAAAUGAAAAAUUGUUCAUACGCCUAUUGCGCAUUAGGUUGCAUCUGUGAUUCCUUAAACUGUGCUGUCAUUGUAAAAGAACAUUGUGGGCGUUUAGAUUGUAUGUUUCAAUGCAAAUGUGACUUUUCAAGUUACAAAGACAUAGAUAAUUAUGAUAGUGUUUCCUCGGAUUUGAUACCGGGUUUGUUAAAAUUAGAUAAAGAAAUGAAUUCAAAGCUUUCCAAAGAAGAGCAAAAAUUUCAUCAAACUGUGGUUCUCUCUGGAGACAAGAGUAUUAUAUUGAAAUCGCGCAAAAGAAGUUGGAAAACUUCAACUAAAUACUCAGAAUUUUAUAAAACUAUGCCUUUAAAAAAUAAUAAAAAUGUUGACCGCGAUUUAAUCGUAGUUCUCACAAAAAUCAACUGUGACAAUAUUGAACCAUGGUGUAUGGUGCACAAUUUAUAUAAAUGUUUUUGUAAAGGUCGUUUUGUUCAUAAUAUUGGAGAAACGGAAGUUAAACAUUUCGAGGCACCUGUGAGCACUGUGACUGAAUGCGAAAAAAUUAUUAAUUCAGCGUCAUCUGUGAAGUGUAAUAUGUCCUAUAUGCAGACUCGCCCACAACGCGAAAAACAUCUUCAUAAACCUGAAAAAAAUGAAAAGCGAAAGUAUGAUACACUAGUAACCAAGUUAGAUAGUGAAUGUGAGAAAAUAAUUGAAUUAGAAUCCAAUGUAAAAUCCUAUACGCGGACUUUCCAACGACAAGAAAAAUCUAAUAAUAAAUCAGAAAAAUAUGAAAAGCGACAGUCGGAUAACUUAUUGUCAGAAUCGUAUUCCAUACCCAUUGAUUUAGAAGAUCCAAUGCAUCACUAUAGAAGUACUUGUGCAAGAUUACAGGCAUAUGCUGGCAGAAAGUAUACUAGCAGAUAUUACCGACAAAUGAAUUUUAAAAUAAAGGCAAUGGAAAAAGAUGACCAAAGUUUACAUAAACGAUUGAAAAGCUUAGUAAACAUCGAUCAAGUAAGCUCUAAAAAUAUUGUUGCCAGACCAGAAAGAAUGGACAUAGCAUCAAGAAAAGAUAACUAUAGCAACGAGAAUCACGGAAACCAUAAACUUGACGAAGACGUCAUUAUUGCACACAAAGUAAUGAAAAAAACAGUUCCAUCGACGGUCUCUCGUAAUAUGGAAGAAACAACUACAAAAGACACUCCUGAAAUAAAUGUCGAUAAUAUUCGGGAAAACAUUUUGUCAGACGGAUUGACGACGAAUGACAUAGAUGAGUCGAGCAAAAGUAAAUUGGUUGCAUGGCUUGAGCACAGUUAUAAACAAUACAAAAAGCGGUGCGACCUUGGUCAAACGAAAUUAACUUUACAAGCUCCGCAGCCAAAAAAAAUGACACUUUUACCUUGGAAUUUUAUUUUGGAGCGGUAUAAGGAAAGAAAGAAUCUCUUUUUAGUUACUAAACAAAAACCAUUUCGAAUGUUUAUGGCGGUAAACAGGGACCAUCCAUUUUUGCAAGAUUGUAUUAAUAUUGAUGAUAUUAGAUUCGCUGAUUUGUAUAUUUACCCUGUAACUGUGAAAAAAUUGAUCACAAAUGCUACUGAUCUAAAAGAUAGUUUUUGCAUUUUAUGUGGUCACGCUUAUUGUUGGGAAUUGAUUGGUUCUGUCACCAAAGUAGAUGACCCUACAAACAAGAAUACUUUAACAUGUGAUGAAUCUAUAUGUCUAACUAACGACAAGUCAAUGGAAUACACUUAUAAUGAAAAUUCACAUAGUGAAUCCGAUCCACCCAUUUCAUCUGACGAAGAUACCAAUGACACUAAGAAAUCAGAAAUGGAAACAAAUAUUUUAGGUGAAAAUCAAUCAACUACAGAAUCUUCAAAGUGGUUCGUUAUGACAAUAGAAAAUGAUUUUAGUGAAAUACAGUUUUACAACAGGGGCUUUUUCGUAAAAUAUGUUAGUAUUAUUAAAGCAAUAAAUAUCGCAAGAUGCUCUAAAAAAACAGUAAGACUUUCCUCUCAGAAAUGCGCAGAGAACAGCACAAACUCACAAUUUGGCGUUUAUGCCAUACCGAAUGCCAACGAGGAUUGCGUUUUCAUAGGACCAUAUGAAUGUCAUGAAUCCUUAGGUAUAGAAACUAUCAGGUCAAUGACAUACACGAGAAAACGAACUAGAGGUUAUUGGAUAACGACAAAUAAAAUUGAUAAUAUGAGCGUUAUUGAUAAUCCAAUGUCCUUUAUGCUCACCAAAGAAAUAAAGCCCAACGAAAUUCUUGCUUUGAAAAGUAAACCAAAUGAGAAAAAAGAUAGUUUUUCGUGUAUUGAAGAAGAAGAAUCAAACGAAAGCGAUAAUCAAUCUUCAAGUAAAGAGAAACCAAAGUUAGUGAAACCUAUUAAAAUAUCUAAAAGUAGUUUUUACCCCAUAUCAACUAACAGCUUGAUACGAUUACCGAUUCAUCUACAGAAAAAUCAAAAAAGUAUACAGCCCACAGGUAAUACAAAACAGCGAACAGUAUCUGUAACUGAUAUGCUAUCGAAUUUAAUAGCGCAAACGAGAGAAAACACAGAACGGCCUAUUACUGAUACACAAGAGGAUGACAAUAUGAAAGUCAAAACAAAAGAUCACUGUGCACCUGGGAACAUGUUUACGAUACUAAAACCAGAGAUAUCAAACCCAUUUUCAUUAUCUGACUUCCUAUUGAAAUUAAAUGAGAAUUCAAACGAAAUAGAUGGACCACCGCCUGCUUCGGAUCAACAAGAAUCAAUACAAUCUCAAUUUGAUUCAGAUUGUAAAGAUGACGUAAAUGCAACAGUUAGAACAAAAGCAGAUUCAAAACCUGAAGGAAGCGUGUUUGCCAUACUAAAACCUGAAGAAAUCAAUAAGAGAAUAAUGAAUACUACUAUAAAGCCAAAUGAAUCACCAAACGAAGAAGAAUAUGUAGAAAAUUUAACGAAUAUAGACUCAGAUGUAGAAAGGGACAUUGAACAUUUCAUCGAUAAUCCAUUAUCAACUGGUCAUGAUAUUAACCAUCAUGUGUUUGUUAUAUCAGACGACGAUGAAGAAUGUGCUGAUAAUGAAUCAUCCAAAGAAGAUGUUACUUCAGUUUGGAUUGAAUGCAAGAAUAUAAAAAAUUUUGGCUGGAUAUCGGGAUUACGUAAUAAUAAGAACAAAUUGUUGAGUUUUCAGUUUCCAGGAUUUAAUUUUUCGCCAUAUUACCCGGAAGGCCUGGCUUUAAAAAAAAUAAUCAGUAUUUUAUCUCGUAAGAUUCUUAUGCCUACUAAAAUGGAAAUUGAAUGGAAUAUAGUCACACAAAAAAGCAAACUGAAGGCACCAAAAAAACUACGAACGAGCGAUCUAGGCGCUCACCUCGUUCUCACGAAAUACGGUCCUAUACUGAAACGAGACUUAAUGAUGAUUAAGAAGACUUCAACUAAAUCAACAUCUUCGGAGACUGCAAGUGUGGAUACCGAGAUUGAAGCGGAGUGAAUCUGAUGUGUGACACUGUGACACUGGAUAUUGGAAACUUGACGAUCUCAUUUACUUAUCGUUGCUGAUCUACAUGCCCGUGGUCGUUUUCGCAUUAUGUAUAUAGAAACUGUUACAAGACUGAUUUGGUAUAAGUGUUGUUUUAAAUUGUUGUGUGCAGUGCUGUCAAGUUGUCUCUGUGAAUAAUGAUUUUAUUUCGUUACAUUGAAACUUUUUACGUAAAAUAGGAAAAUCUGUGAUACUAUUUUCUAUCUAAGCAAACCAGCAUUAGUUUCAUAAUUGAGCUGUAUAGACAUAUUUCUGAGUACCUGAGCCUGUUUUAAAGUGUCAUUUAAACCAUUGGAUGAACACUAUUGUUAUAACUUAUGGGAGGAUGACUUGCGUCAGAACAUUGUGUGGGUUAGGGGCCGUCCAUUGAUCACGUGAUGUAUUUUUACCGUUUUUAACAACCCCCUUGGUGAUACGUAGUGAGGUAUAUGACUAACCUCUCUCCGCACCCAAAAUCACCUGUAUAUUUUUAGUACCUACAAAUAAUCUUACAUUAAAAAAAAUUAAAUUCUGGUAUACUUAAGUAAAUAAUAUGAAUUAGGUAUGUAAUAAUAAUAAUAAUCCAUGAGGAAGGCCUGUGCCCCAGCUUCUUCACGCAAACUUCACGCUGCUUUUCGGUAUAGAAAUCGGGCGUCUAACGAAAAAAUGUACACAUGUUAGGAAAGAUUUGUAUAUUUGUUGGUAAUGAAUAAACUCAAAAACUACUGGGUCAAUUCUGAUGAAAUUGGCACAGAGAUAGGCGAAAUCUUUAAGAGUGACAUAGGCUACUUUUUAUUAUGGUUUACCCGAGCAAAGCCGGGGCGAGACGCUAGUCCUUAACUCCUUUCAUAUUUAAAUCAAUUAUAAUCACUGAAAAAUCUGCAAAAACAUCAGACAUGUUGUUAAACUGUACGUAGGUACUUACCGUUGUAGAAUUUCUAUUUCAUCGCAAUAGAUAAAAAAAUUGUGAAAUUUUCCGAAUAAUGUUAAAAGUGUAUCGUCAAUUUAAAAUUUGAAAAAGGCAUAUUUUAUUAUCAAAAAUUAUUGUCCGAUUAUCUAUUAUCGAAAUAUAUAAUUUAAUUAAAAAUGAAAUAGAUACAUUAACUUAAUAGGCAUAAGAUCGAAAUGAAAAAUUCCGAUAAAGAUGCAAAGUUGAAUGUGGAAUAUAAAUCAGACAUAUACGUAGCCGAGGCCCGGUUACAUAUAUGCAGUUUUAACAAAUAACCCUACCCUGUAGGUAUACACAAUCCAGCACUGGGCAUCUAAUAUUCAUAUAUUUACCUAUUUUUAAUGUAAAGUAUGUCUAGGUUAGGUAGUAGAGCGACGGUUUUUACCACGCUUCUUUUAUACUUGCAGUAUUAAAGAAAUGUUUACAUUAUAAAGAUACCUAAGUAUAUUUGUAUGCCAAAAACAAGAAAAAAGUACCUAAAAUGUUGAGAAAUGCACACAUGAGUCGAUUAGUCCUAGUCCGCUGGGAUUCGUAAAUGCGCGUGGGCGCAGGUUGUUGGGAAUAGAGAAGGUUGGAAAGCAAUCGGGGAGAACUUUGACCAGCAGUUGGACAAUAUAUAUUUUGUCCAAUUGGUACGUACACCCCGUCUAUUCCAGGGAGUGGUCUCUGUCGAUUCACUACCUCACGUUAUUUGUCGGGUAUCUUUGUGCUUCCUGUGUUUUGCUGAGCAAUGUAUUCAAUUGAUGUCAAUAAAUGUUAAUAUUCUUUA